CACUUUCGAGAUACGCAGUUUAAGAAAAAAAUGUACAAAUAAUUUGAACAAGACGCAUGUGAAUGCAACAGCAGAGUGUGCUAUUAAUCGAUAGGCGCCGAGGAUCGAUAAGUUCACAAUCUCUCAUCUCUAUGGCGGUGAUAUUGCACCUCAGCGGACGCCAAGUGGCCAUCUCUUGCUGCUGAUCCCAUUGGACCAAUUGGAAGAUAGCGUCGCCGAAGCGGGAGUCAAAUCGGAGACGCUUCAAAUCGGCAUCCGAUCAGAUAAUUUUAAAUCGUCGCGAGUUUUCUAUUUGCUUUAAUUCGCGGUGUUUUCGAAGUGAUUAUUGUUUUAUUUAUUAAGAAGCUAAGGCGCAGACGCAGCCGCUUCAGACAUUGCUUCGGGCUUCGUUGUUUUGUUUCGGUCAAUUGUGCAAGUUCUCGCGAGUGUGUGUGUGUUUUUGUUGUUUUGUCCCAUAUUUGUCAACUCAAUUGAGUUGAAAGUAAAAAUCUGAAGUAAUAGCUCACGAACCGUAGAAAUAAUCAAUAGAAACAGAAACUACCAACGCGACGCUGGCGUCUCAAAAGGUUUCAAUUGCGACUCCCUAACAGCCGACAUGUUGGAACUGCAACAUGUUGCUUCUCUUUGAAAAGUCCCGUUAGGAAGUUCCCAAUGUUCUCAGCGGCCAAUGGGAAGAUAAAGUUGCCCUCCGAGGACGCUGUCCUGGUGACGUCCCCCCUCCGCUGCCUCUUCACCGGCCCCUUCAGGGACCUGCCCUUCAAUGUGGGGGACCACCGACUGAUUCCCGUCCAUGACGUCGUCUUCCUCGACGACUUUGAGCGCAAUGUGAAGCCUCUGAUCUACCGCCCUGUGACGUCAGAGGUGGCCGUCGUCGCCGCCUACACCGGCCAGCCAGGGGAGGAUCAGGUGGAGCAGCAGCAGAGCAACUUCUGUUCGUCCAGCAGGUGAGUCAAAAGAGAGCGGUCUUGGCCUUGAACUUGUUUCCACUCCGUUCUCUUGGGAGCCCUCUCUUCGGCGCUCUCUGCUGCUGCCAAAGAGAGGGAAAGAGCAGAGGGGGCUCUGAUCCCGUUUCGACAAGUGUGACCCCACAGAAAUCAGGUUAAACGAACUUUAAUUAAUUUGCACUCGAUGCGGUGCAGUUGCCUUAAUUUUAAAUGCUCCAUAACUAUAUUGUAUGAGUAUUUACACUCUCUGGAAAUAGUUACACGCUUCGGGGCUUUUAUCAGCUUGCGAUCUUCAAUAAUUUGUCUUGUUUAACGCUCGUUUCCCAACGUGUUUGCCUCUUGGGCUUUCCGAUAAGAGAAGAGUGCUCCCGUUUGAUAAGAAGGUAGGCGCCUAGGAGGUGGGGGAAACAUCAUCGUUAUCACUGCUGGAAGUGGCCGGAAGAUCUUUAUCUACUUCGAUAUGCUUAGCGGGAGGGUGGGCCUACACUGCGGAUGAUUAAUGCAGAUACCCUUCAUGUCUGGGGGCACUUGGGAGCCUCUAGUCCUGACCGCCCUGCCGGCCUGCGUGCCUGCUUCUAUUUCGUGGCUUAUUCCGCUUCGACUUCAUUCCGGCUAAUUGUUUCGCAUUCUACUGAGG